AUGCAUCCAACUGCCGGAUCUCUCCCCGGCGCCCUGGCGGCACUGUUGCUGGCUCUACCUGCCACCAUCAGUGCCCAUGUGGCAGCCACCGCUCCCGGUCCUUCGGCUGGUGCCAGCGUGCCUAUGCCCGCUGCCGUCCCCGCUGCCUCGGCCACUACCAAGAUCCCCCUUGCUUCUGGUACUCCUGGCGCCGCCUCUCCCGAGGCCCAAUUCCCCAACGGCCAGAUCCCGAACGCUCAGAUGCCAGGUCAAUUCCCUACUGGCCAGUUCCCCAACGCUCAGUUCCCGAACGGACAGACACCCAAUGGCCAGUUCCCCAAUGGUCAGGCCCCCAACAACCAGAACCAGGGCCAGGGCCAGCAGCAACAGCCUCCCGUCAACGUCAACUGCGCCCAAGGUGUUCACAUCAUCGUGGCUCGCGGUGGUGAGGAGCGCCCCGGCAUGGGGAUGAUCGGCAAGGUCGCCGACAACGUCAUGGCCCAGAUCCCCGGCUCCAGCAUCGAGGCCGUCGACUACCCAGCCUCGCUCUCCGAGUACUCCAGGUCGCAGGGUGUCGGCGUCCAGGUCAUGUCGCAAAUGGUGGCCAACUACGUGGCGGCCUGCCCCAGCAGCCGCAUCGUGCUCCUCGGCUACAGCCAGGGCGCCCACGUCGCGGCCGACCUGGUCUGCGGCGCCUCAGAGGCCCAGUUCGCCACCCAGGGCAUGCCCGCCCUCCCCACGGACCUGACGCGUAACAUCGCCGCCGUCGUCAUGAUGGGAGAUCCCUCCCGCUCCGCCGACGCCCCCUUCAACCAGGGCAACGCCACAAAGGGCGGCAUGUUCCCGCGCAGGGACGCCAAGCAGACCUGCGGGCCCAUGACUGAGCGCAUGGUCAGCUUCUGCACCAGCGGUGACCUGUUCUGCGACAGUGGCGACGACCUCGGCGUCCACCUGAGCUAUGCCGACAACAACCUCGACACGGCCACCAAGUUCAUCGUUGAGCGCGCAAAGGUCUGGGCUACGAACGGAGGCGGCGGCGGCGGUGGCGGCGGCGGUGGUGGCUAUCCCGGUUAUCCCGGUGGUCCUGGCUAUCCUGGCUAUCCCGGCUACCCCGGCUACCCCGGCUACCCUGGCUACCCCGGUGGCCCCGGAUUCCCUGGUGGUCCCGGCUUUCCUGGUUGCCCCGGCGGUCCCGGCUGCCCUGGUGGUCCUGGUUAUCCCGGCGGUCCCGGCUAUCCCGGUGGUCCUGGUUAUCCUGGCGGUCCUGGAUUCCCCGGUGGUCCCGGUUAUCCUGGUGGCCCUGGCUACCCUGGAUUCCCUGGCGGCCCCGGUUUCCCUGGCGGUCCCGGUUACCCCGGCUUCCCUGGUGGUCCCGGUUAUCCUGGCGGUCCCGGAUACCCUGGAUUCCCGGGCGGCCCCGGUUAUCCUGGUGGCCCCGGUUACCCUGGAUUCCCCGGCGGUCCCGGUUAUCCUGGUGGCCCUGGUUACCCCGGCUUCCCUGGUGGUCCCGGUUAUCCUGGCGGUCCCGGCUACCCCGGAUUCCCGGGAGGCCCCGGCUUCCCUGGUGGUCCCGGUUACCCCGGUUACCCCGGCUUCCCUGGCGGUCCCGGAUUCCCUGGUGGUCCCGGCUACCCUGGAUUCCCCGGCGGUUACCCUGGCUUCCCUGGCUACCCCCACGGUUACCCCUAUGGCUACCCUUACGGCGGUGGUAACGGCGGUGGUGGUGGUGGUGGUGGUGGCGGCGGCGGCGGUGGCGGUGGUGGUGGUGGUGGUGGUGGUGGUGGUGGUGGCGGUGGCGGCGGCGGCGGUGGUGGUUAUCCCGGAUUCCCUGGCGGUUACCCUGGUUUCCCUGGUGGCUACCCUGGCUUCCCCGGUGGCUACCCUGGCUUCCCUGGUGGCUACCCUGGUUUCCCUGGCGGUUACCCUGGCUUCCCCGGUGGCUACCCUGGCUUCCCUGGUGGCUAUCCCGGCUACCCCGGCUUCCCCUACGGCUAUCCAGGCUACCCAGGCUACCCCUUCGGUGGCUACCGUCCUGGCUUCGGAUUCGGUGGUUACCCCUUCGGCUAUGGUGGCGGAUUCGGCUACGGCGGUGGCUUCGGCUAUGGUGGUGGCUUCGGUUUCGGUGGCUACCCAUACGGCUACCCAUAUGGCUACCCAUAUGGCGGCUUCCGUCCUGGCUUUGGGUUCGGCGGCUACCCGUACGGCUAUGGUGGCGGCUUCGGAGGUGGCUUCGGCGGCGGUGGUUAUGGGCCCUGGCGCUGGGGCAACUCGGGCCGUCCCUAG